AUGAACAGCGAUAAAGGAAAAGCUGUGUGGAAUUCAACUUUAACAGAAAUCUUUAUUAAAGAAUGCUUGGAACAAGUGUACAAGAAACAAAGGAAAGGAACUGCUUUCAACAAAAAUGGGUGGCAGGCAAUAAUUGAGGGGUUUGAGGUAAAAACAGGAAAAAGUACCUACGGGGUCACCAAUGAGUUGUUAGGCUUGAAUGUCACCACAAAUACUGGUGGAACUAGUGGUGACAGAAGUCAAGGCAAGAGAAAGAGGGUGGUAGGCGUUAAUGGGAGGAAAAAGCAAAAAGUCCCUGCCUCAAUGAAAAUAGCAGAUGCGAUGAGUGAAAUGGCCAAGGAUAAUAGAGCUAGAACAGAGACAGUGAACAAGAUUUUGGCAAAUGACAUAAUAGUUUCUGAGGUUGUGGCUCACCUAAAUGGACUCCCAGAAGUUUUUGGUGAUAAAGAUUUACAUUGGAGAUGUGUCAAUCUUGUUCUAUACAAGCCUAUGCGAGAUGCUUACUGGCAACUUAAAGACCAUCCUGACCACUUGGUCAAUUGGUUGAAGCACUAA